CGCGUGGCGUUCGUGCACAAAGGUGGAGGUCUUUUUCUCGAUUUCCUUUCCUCCUCGCGGAGAAGACAUCGUGAUCAUCAUCGCUAGCUGCUCCUCGCUGGUCCAUGCAGAGCUCUAUCUCUGUCCCUCCGCCUCCUUUCUCUAUCUUCUCUUCGGCACUUACUAGCAUCGCCGCCACAGUUGGAUAGCUGAGCUCCUUAACCGAGUUGGGAGGAAAGGGAGGGAGGUGAUCGGGAAUACAAAAGUGAAAGGAGGGAUCUUUCUUUGUAUCUCGACUUGCAAGUGGGAAUAUAGAUUUUUGUUGACUCCUUUCUCGCCGCUAACUGUUUUCUGAGCUCUGACCGACGGGAAGAUGGGGUUUCCGUGAAGACCAGGAGCAGUGAUCGGGUGAUUUGGACGAGUCGGAGAUGGAGACAGGGAGGUGCAUGAAUGUUGCUUGUGGGGCGACGGAGCCUGGGGGAGAGUGGAGGAGGGGAUGGGGCCUGAGAUCAGGGGGAUUUGCUUCUCUAUGCGUCAAGUGCGGGUAUACUUGGCAUUUUUUUUGGGUGAUAUUUUUUGGAUGGCAUAUGAGCAGUUAGUUUUCUGUGACAUUUUUCACCAGAAAGAGUCUGGGUGGAGGGAAUGUUGUUCCUGUGGUAAGCACUUACAUUGUGGAUGUAUUGCUUCAAAAUCUUUCUUUGAUCUACUCGAUACGGGAGGAGUUCAGUGUAUUAGUUGCAUAAAGAACUCAGAAGUUACUCUUAUGUCCAGUGGAAUAGUUCAAAACUUUGUCUCUCAAAACCAUCAAAGAGUACUAGCUCUUCCAGAUAGGACUUUGAAGGAAGAUACUGAUUCAGCGAUAACAACUCAUGCCUGUGAAAUGUCAGCUAAUCCUGCUCAUUGUAAAAUUGACGGAGGAACUUUAUCAAAGGGAAAAUACCCGAGUAAACUGGAUCAAGAACAUAAUGAAUGUAGAACCAGAUCAUUUGUGCAAAUCAAAGCAGAGCAAAAUUCACCUGAUGUUGUGAUUACAAGUUUGUCAAACAGAUACCAAGGUCCAUUGGCCUCCCAGAUCUCUCCAAUGGAUGAGAAAGCUUUAAUGAUGGAUAAGUCUGUAUGUGAAUCAUUAUCCCGAGGAUGUAUUAAUAUAAGCUUGGGAAAUGCAAUCCAAGUUAGCAACAAAGAAGUUUGUAAAGUUGCAGAAAGGCCAUUUCUUUCCCUUCCCAUGACAUGUUCAAUAUCUGAAGAAAAGGAUGAAAGAAAGGCACUUGCUACCUUUCAGCAAAUGCAAAGGUCUCGUUCCCUUAUUGUGAAGUGUCCUAGGACAAGUAACCAACCAUUUUCAGAUUUAUCUAAGAACUCACUUCCAUAUAUGCGAGUUGCAAGGCCACCUGCUGAGGGCCGUAACCAAUUACUUCCACGUUAUUGGCCAAGAAUCACAGACCAAGAAUUACAACAAAUAUCUGGAGAUUCAAAUUCCACAAUAGUGCCGCUAUUUGAGAAGGUUUUAAGUGCUAGUGAUGCAGGUCGUAUCGGGCGCUUAGUUCUUCCAAAAGCUUGUGCAGAGGCAUAUUUUCCUCCCAUUUCUCAACCAGAAGGUGUUCCAUUGAUGAUACAAGAUACAAAGGGGAAAGAAUGGAAUUUUCAGUUCAGAUUUUGGCCAAAUAACAAUAGCAGAAUGUAUGUUUUAGAGGGUGUUACUCCUUGCAUUCAAUCUCUUCAGCUGCAAGCUGGUGAUACAGUGACUUUUAGCCGAAUAGAUCCUCAAGGAAAACUUGUGAUGGGCUAUCGGAAGGCAACAAACACUAUUCCACUACAGGACUGUCAGAUUUCUGCAAUUACUAAUGAUACUUUUGGCAAUGAGACACUGUUAUCUGGCAUUGAUGAGAACAUGUCCAUAGCAAAUGGCUAUUCUGGCGUUCUUCCAACAAUGAAAGGAGUUGUAGAUCCAUAUUUAGCAUCUCAACCAGAACAUCUGAAUCAAUCUGAUUUUGAAACUAGUUGGCACAAGGGAGGAAGGCCAUUUGAAGGAUUGCUUUGGCAGCCUUUGCAAAGUAGUAGCAGAAACAUUGGUUCCAAAUCUAAGAGGUUGCUCAUGGAUACCGAAGAUGCACUGGAGCUCAAGAUGACUUGGGAAGAGGCUCAAGAAUUGCUUCGCCCACCUCCAAGUGCUAAACCUAGCAUUGUCACAAUUGAGGACCAUGAAGUUGAAGAAUAUGAAGAACCCCCAAUUUUUGGCAAGAAAAGCAUUUUUACAGCUCGAUCUUCAGGAGAACAAGAUCAAUGGGUUCAAUGUGAUGAUUGCUUCAAAUGGCGCCGUAUACCUGUAGAUAUUCUUCUUCACACACAAUGGAGUUGUGUUGACAAUGUGUGGGACCCUAAAAGGUCUUCAUGCUCUGCACUUGAUGAAAUGAGCCAGAAAGAAAUGCAGCUUCUUCUCAGGCAGUAUGAAGAUUUCCAACAGCAGAGUACCAGUGCAAGUUGGAAGCGUACUUCAUCAGAGCUAGCCGCGUCUAGCCUUGAUGCCUUUGCUGCUGCCGCAGCAGUUGGCGAUGUAGGAAACCAAAGCAUGACUACAUAUUCUACUACUACUAAACAUCCGCGGCAUCGUCCAGGUUGCACGUGCAUUGUCUGCAUCCAGCCUCCCAGUGGCAAAGGUCCAAAGCAUGAUCCCGCAUGCACAUGUAAUGUCUGUAUGACAGUGAAGCGUCGCUUUAAUACUCUCAUGAUGCGGAAGAAGAAACGCCAAUCCGAGCGCGAGGAAGCUGAGGCUCAUAAGAAGGUUGCAUUGGGGGGCAACAAGGAAGAAGCUGAAGGAACUAGCAGCUCUUCAAAGGGCUCUCAACUCCCAGAGCUCCACCAGGAGAAUGAAUUUAGCCAUGUGGGUAGCAGGACUGUCAUUGAAAAUUUUGAUUCGAGCAAGGAGGGUAUAGACUUGAAUUGUCACCCUGGGCGUAAUGACGAUUCGCAGACGGCAAGUCCACAACAUAGCAUGAUGAGCCUUCUCCAGAAUGCACAACUCCCUCUGGAAAUGUAUCUGAAGCAAAAUGGACUUGCAAGCUUGGCAAAUGAGCAAGGUAACCAAGAGAGCCCCAGUUCAUUUGUUCAUGAAAUUAUUGGUGAAACAGAGGGAAAGUUGAUGGAUGAAGGCAAUUUUAACUCUGCAAACAAAGAGCAAGGUGCUGGUGAUGACGACGACGAAGGAGAUGGUAAUGCAGAAGCAGAUGCGAGUCAUACAUCAUGAUUAUGUUCUUUGUGACAGUCAACAUAGGACGCAAGUUGUAACCCUCUUUUCUUCUUUCCAGUUGCCUAUCAUGAUCUGAGCAAUUUAUGACAAUUUUCAGGGUGAUAUCUUUCAUACUUCUUGAGCACAUGUAUCUGUUUUCUUCCUCUUAACACUGUUUGUAUUUUAUGAGUAUCAGGAACCGGUUUGAUCUCUUGAGCUAAA